CUCUCGGGUUCAUCACGACACCCAUCUGUGGGUACCUGCAAGAUCGGUGAGCAAGUCUUCCUUUGUUUCUUCAAGCUCUCCCUCCUCUCCCACUCUUACCUCGAGCUUUUCGUGGGCAUGACCCUCGUGUCAGGUGUCAGCUCAGCUUCUUGAUGAUCUUCGUGAAUGCAAGCUUCCUUCUGUGGCAGGUUAGCUGCACUCCCACAUCUUGGAAUGUUUUCUCACAGAUUGCUGCAGGUAGCCGCUAUCGUCCCGUCGUUGGAGUUGCAGUUUUUCACUCUCGUGGUGUUUUCUUCUGCUCGGCAGGUGACUUUUAUAUGUCACGUAAGUGUUGCGCGUCUGAAAGGUUUCUUGCGCUUUCAGUUUCUGUUUUCUUUCUUCUUUGCCGGGGUUGGCAGCACGUUCGGCUACGAGAAUUUUGGGUUUCUCACGGGUCUAGCCAACGGCAUUAGUGCUCUCGUUCUGCUCUUGAACGCUCCUCUCUAUGCCUUGGUGACAAGACGGCAGCUGUUGUACACGUGGCGCUGACCGUGUGACAGGCGGGGUCUCACUUCAUGAUCACUUUCAGCAUUUUCUCGGGGGGCUCGCUCUUCUUCUUCAUCUUCGCUUGGUAUCUUCGCAGGAGAUUCUUCCGCUUGUCUGACGCCGAGUCGUUCGAAUGGGACGUGAGCGUACAUGGCACUGUCUCCAAGACAGUUGCAAACAGAUGAUGAGGGGAGAGGAGGACCC